AUGGUGCCUAUAUAAAAAUUAACUUCUUUAUUGAUUCGUACAUUCUCAAAACCUUUAUCUAAUUAGAUUAAACGAUAUGCUUUAAAUAAACAUAGAUCUCGGAAACCAUCAAUUAUAAAAACGUCUUUUAUUUUUAUAGGAAACAAAUAUCAUAAUUUAGAGAAAUAUUUAAAUCGAAAAUCAAUAGGAAUGAAUAAUUAAGAGGUAUUUUUUAAACCAUUAAGUGAUGAAGCAGCAUUAACUAAAGGUUAUAAUUGAAUAUAUGUAGGUUCUGAUUUAUUUGCUGACAUAUUUGUUUAUGCUUGUAUUUUAGGAAUACCCUUGAUAGAAUUGUAUAAAUCUUAAAAAGAAUCAGAAAAUAAGUCACAAGAUUAAGAUAUUGCACUUUUGCAAGUUUAAACUGUAAUUAUAUAGAAAAAAUUAGAGUCAAUAAAUAAUUUGAAAGAGUCACAUGAGCAAUUCGAAAAUGAAUAUAGCAAAAUUGUAGCAGAAAAUAAUUAUAUAGAAAAAACUCUAAAGCAUUUUUAAAAUGAUAUUAGCGAGCAAGUUUAGCACUUAAAAAAACAAUUAUAAUCUUGA